AUGCCGGCUGGCUGCGGUGUUCCUCUGUGUCCCAACCGGAACUUCAAAAGUGCUGUGGUUCGACGUAAGAACCUCCAGUUUCACUGCCUACCGCGCGAGGAACCCCUCCGAAGUGCGUGGUGCCGGAGCAUCGGAAAGGAGAACUGUGAAAUGGCAGACCUGCGCUUUUGCUCGGAGCAUUUCGACGGCAAUCAGGACUACCUUCGGAUAUCGAGUGUCCUGCGCGAUACUGGACAAACGAUGAGGCACGUUCGCCUGAAGCCCGGUGCGGUGCCUUCGCUCCGACUGCCCCCCUUCGCGAUGACCACCCCAGCGAAGGAGCCUGCGUCCAAACGCCCAAGAAUCCUGGGCGACGAGCCGACUGAGGACGUCGGCUGCUCCGAGGGCAAUGCGCCCCGUGAGCACUGGUGCUCUUGCGGUCCCCGACCGGCCUCUCGUAACGCAGCUGUUCAGGCCGACCUGGAUCAAGUGCAAGUGGCCCCUAUGCUCCCUGCCAGGGAGGACAAGGCUGUGGGAACGGAUCCUCGGCUGGGAAAGAAGUCUGUCGGCACGCAAGGAGAUUCUUAUGCACGAGGGAUCACGAGUCAUGGGGUGCAGACUGAAGAGCUACUUGGCAGUAGUAGCAACGCUGACAACACCACAAGUGUCACCAGCAGCACCAGUGCCACCAGUGCUGCAAGCACCAGCAGCGCUGCCAGCACCGCCAGCAUUGCCAGCAGCGCCAGCACCUCUUCAGUGGCACCAGAGGAACCUGUCCCGGCACCUGCCACUCCUAUAUCCUUGGAGGCGGCCGACAGCCCAGAAUCAACUGAUCUCGAGGACAGCAGCGAUCCUCCCUACGUGCCAUCCAACGAGUGGAGCUUUGUCGAGGAUCACAUCGUUACCAACGACGUGCCUCUACACGAGGAGCGAAAGUUCCUCGUGUUCGAAAGCUCCUUGAGGGAACUCUUCACAACGUGCAAGACCUGCUAUGCCCCCUGCAAGGUUUCUACAGUGGUGAAUGCCACACGCCUCACGGUGCGCACCCAUUGCCCUGAUGAGCAUGUCCAUGUGUGGGACAGCAUGCCGUGCAUCAACGGCAGAGCUGCUGGCGCCCUGCUCCUGUCAGCAGCCAUCCUGUUCACGGGGGCAUCACCAGCCAAGACACUGCGGGUGCUUGACCUGAUGAACGUGGAGGUCUUCUCCGAGAAGACCUUCUACAAUUAUCAGCGAACGGUCUUGCUCCAAGCAGUUGCACAGGUGUGGGCAGAUGAGCAGGGGCACCUAAUGGACAAGCUCCGUGACCAGCCCCUGGACCUCGCUGGUGAUGGGAGAUGUGACUCCCCUGGCUUCAGCGCGAAGUACUUGACGUACUCCCUGUACGCGGCCCACGCAAACAAGAUCCUGCACUUCGAGCAGAUACAGUUGGAGAGAUACUGA